AGUGUGUUAGUUUGUAGAUUGUAAGUGUGGAGCUGUGAUGUAAUGUGUCUGCAGGUAUAAAUAUAGAGGCAUGGCUGCUCAGCGGCCGUGCAGAUCAAUGUCGCCCCAGCGCUGAAGUCAGUGCGCCUGUCGGUCUGGGAAUGAGCGCAACUUUUACGCGCUUCUCUGUGUCGCGCCGCUGCUUCGCUGUGUCGUCCUGUCACCUCGCUGCAGAGCGCACGCUGGAGGCUGCUUUCACAGUCAAACCUGGCAUGAGUUCUUUGUCGGCCCUGAGGACCGUCCUAGUUUUGAACCUGGUUACGGCCCUCGCGGGAUGCGCCCCCGGUUUGAACGGGACCGCGGAGCGCUGGGAGGCCCUCUACUCCCGCUCUCUGGCACGGAUCUCGGGGGAAAAGCGGGAGGAGAUCAGUCGGGACGGAGACUACCUCCUAGGCAUUAAACGGUUGCGACGCCUCUACUGCAACGUGGGGAUUGGUUUUCAUAUACAAGUGUUACCCGAUGGCAGAAUAACAGGAAUACACAGCGAGAAUCGUUACAGUCUGCUGCAGAUCUCUCCUGUGGAGAGAGGGGUGGUUACUCUGCUGGGUGUUCACAGUGGGCUCUUUGUGGCCAUGAACCGAAGAGGAAAACUUUAUGGAUCUUUACACUAUAGCAACGAGUGCAAGUUCAGAGAGAAGCUCCUCGCCAACAACUACAAUGCCUAUGAGUCGGCCGCCUACCCAAGGAUGUUCAUGGGCCUGAGCAAGAAUGGCAAAACAAAAAGAGGAAACAGAGUGUCACCAGCGAUGACAGUGACACAUUUCUUGCCAAGAAUCUAGUGAGCUGAUAAAUCUACUUCAAGACAAUAUGGGAAGAAUGAAGGAGCCAAUCAGGAGAGGGCCAGGGGUUGGGGGGGUUUUCUCCAAGCUGUGAUGCACUUUCACUCCAAAACUUUUGUAAGUGUAUCAUAUUUGAUAUUUUACUUUGUACAUAUUCAGUUUUUUAUUUAUGUUUAACAUCUGUUUUGUAUUUUUAUAGGAGUGGAUGUCUUUUCACUGAGGGACAGUCAAUAUUCUAUACAUUUUAUUUAUGUUUUCAUUUCUUAUUUAUCAGACAUUUGCUGCUACUGUCUUUUGAUGUAUUCUUUGCACAGAUGGAAAACAUGUUACCUUCUUUUUUGUCCUUUUAUUUCACAUUUAUUUAACCAGAAAAGUCUCAUUGAGAUUGAAAACCUCUUUUUCAAGGGAGUUCUGGUUAAGAGGCAGCAGAGUAACAAAUGUAUGGCAUUAGUUAAUCAAUGCCAUACAAAUAAUUACUAAACAGUCACAAUUUAAGGAAGUCAUCUCUUGUCCUGAUGUAAAGGUUUCAGUUAAAGGAGCUCUGUUAAUUUCCUUUUUUUAUUGUUUCUGCUUCAUGUAGAAUUCGGGAAAAGGCCCAUUUCUGUUUGAGGAAACAGUGAACAGUGAACUUGACUACUUGAUAUCUCAGGUAUCAGGUACCUACAUGUUGAAAUGUAACAUUGUUAAUUGGGAUUGUUUUGAAUCAGAAUCUUCUCAGAACAGAAAUAAGAUGUGUGUCUGUGUGAGAAUGUGGUGCUUCUUGCCCAACACUUCAAAACUUUUGCUUCUCCAUUUCACCUGAGGAGGACCUGGAGGUGUUCUGGACACAUUAACUUUAACUUAGAUUUUAGAUGGAUUUAUGUGCUAGCAUCAGAGACAGCAUGUCUUCUUAUUUACCGUUCAUUCUCUUUUCUACACCCUGAUACCAUCAGAAAAACAACCCCCUCCUGGUGACACAUAGCUGCAGCGAUUCUCUUUUUGAGAGUUUUACUCUAAUCUAUAUUAGAGUAAAACUAAUAUAGUUAUAAUCAUUAACAGUUAUAAGCACUGUUAAUGAUUAUAACUGAAUAAGAUAAGCUCAUAAUGCUAACCAAAUAAUUAGCAUUAUUUUUCUCACUUUAAAAACUCUACUAUCCCAUGCAGACAUCUCUUAGUGUCAGUGUACCAUAUUUGUUUUUUAAUCUUUGUUGCAGUCAUUUUAUAGAAGCUUACUGUUUAUUUGAGCCCUGCUGUCAGCAGAGCCUCUGACUAGAUAUGACGUGGAAGCAUCAAACAAACCAGGCCUUUGAAUCUUGUAAAAAACAGAGUUGUGCCACUCAGAUCCAGGAAGAGGGGCUUGGUGCUGUCAAUGAAGCUUAUGUCCAUGCUGCUAAAUGUGCUAAUGGCAGAAAAACAACUUUCUGUUUAGCUGCUGCGUUUGGUGGCAAUGCUAACCAGCCUGAAAAUUCAUGACAGGCCAUUGUGGUGAACCAGCUAGUGUAGCAGAAAGCAAAGGGGAGGAUGUGAGCAGUGAGCACACACGAUUUAUUGACAGCACUAAGCGUCUCCUUCUGACUGUGACUGGUUGUUUCUGACCUAAGUUGCAUUUCUGCAGAUGGCUGUAGGAUCACAGGGAGACGCAGAGCAGCUUGGUUUUUCUUAUUUUUUUCUUAUUUCUCAUAUUAACUCUCACAACAUGGUGACAGUUUUGACAAAUAUGUAAAAAACUAUGUUUUUUAUUAAAGCUACAUAUGUUUCAUAAGUUUCUUGUAAGAAAACUUAGCGCACACUAGAGGAAGAUUGAAAUAUCAUAAAUCAGGAGCUGGAGCAACGUUUUACUGUGAUAUGAUGACAUUACUCUCUCUGAGAGGGGAACAGCGAUAAAGCUCUGACAGUGGAAGAGUUUUCUGUCCAGCAUUGCACCAGUACCGGGCUCAAGUUUGUCGAAAAGGAACAUGUGUGGCUCUGGAGCCUAAUUGAAAUAGUAUCAUGUUACUCAGAGGGAGGGACAGAGAAGAAAGAGGGAAAUGGGCAAGCGAGGAGGAGGGGAGAGUUAACCCCACAGCCUCCACCGUGUCUGUUUAUAGCACUGCCAGAGGGAUGAACUCUGAACUUUUCUGCCGUCAGUCUCAGUCAGAGCUCUGCGUCCAACAGUAGGGAGAGGAAUCCUCUUUGACAUGAUUUAAGUGGAAAAUCUGGGAGUUUAUAGGCAAGGUCAAAGAACUGAAAUGCAACAGUCAAGUAAUAGCCUUGACCUGGGAUAAGACUAUUCUUAUUUCAAGUAAUGCAUUAUUGUCAGGCAGCUGUCAGACAGGAGAAGUUGUUCUGUAUCAUUAGAACAACUUUGCCGACUGGAAAAAUUUGCAAACUUGGUUUGUGCUGUUCUUAACCUUCCAAAAGAGCUUGACAUACAAAAGGAAUGAUUUAUAAAUAUGAAGUUCAUUCAGAACUUAUAAUGUGGGCUGGGACAUUGUCUCUUCUAUCCUGACACCUCUAAUUCUCAUAUAAAUGUAGAAAUAUAGACACGCACACGCAGAAAAUUGUUGGUAGCACCGUGGGCUUUCACUAAAAUAACUUGAAACUGACAAAACUAAUAGUAAAUAAAAAUGUUCUAAAACUUAACAAGUGAAAAUCAGACAUUCCUUUUGAAAUGCAAUUGAACAAAUGAAACAGACCAGGAUAAAACUAAUGGUACCUGCAACUUAAUAUUUUGUUGCUCAACCUUUUGAGGCAAUCACUGCAAUCAAACCAUUUCUUUAACUAUCAGUGAGACUUCUACACCAGACUACAGGUAUCCUGGUUCACUCCUCAUGAACAAACCUCUCCAGUUGCCUCGGUUGAAGGGAAAACCUUCUCCAGAUGUUUCAGCUCCACAGAUUUUCAACAAGAUUUAGAUCAGGGCUGCUAAAAGGCCAAUGUUUUGCUCUGGACCAUUCUUGGGCAGUUCUGGGUUUUGGGUCACUAUCCUGUUGGAAGACCCAUGAGCAAGGCUUCCAACACUUGGCACCACAUUUCUCUGCAGAAUACUGUGAUAGUCUUGAAAUUUUACCAAACCUGCACAGACUCAAGUCAAAGCAGGCCCAGAGCAUCACACAGCCUCCUCCAUGUUUCCCAGAGUUCUUUUCUUGGCAAACAAAGAGCUUCCAGUUUUUUCCUGUCUUACAGAGGACAUUCUCCCAGAAACUUUGUGCCUUGACAGCAUGCAUUGCGGGAAAUUUCAGUCUAAUUUUUUUAUGCUCUGCUUUCCAUCUUGGUUGUCUCCCAUGAAAUCCACUUUGGUUCAAACAAUGGCAGAUUUGACACUGAUGUACCUUGACCUUGGAGUUGACCUUUGAUUUUUAUGGAGGUUGUUCUGGGCUCUUCGGUUGCUGUCAUUAUCCUUCUCCUCAAUGUGUCAUCAAUGUUCCUCCAGUUUUCAGUAAAUUUUGAUUUAUUAUUAAUUUUGUCACUCACAGGUUUUUCGUGGAGGACUGUGGGCUUUUAUGUACUUUAACAGAGGUGUGCAUACAUCUACAUUUGUAUAUUUCUAUCGAUGAUAGAUAGGGAGGCAAAAAUUAUAACAUAAAUUAUUGUGUAGUUAAUAAAAAAAUAGUGUUUCAUUCUAAAAGAAUGUGAAACUCAAUUGGAUAGUUUGAAAAUAUUUACAAUAUAUGCAUUUGUUCAGUUCAAACAUCAGACUAUUUACAGUCAGUGGCAAUAAAUCUGUUCCAAACAGCAGAAAUCUGCAGAAACAUGCUGCUGAUUUUACCCCCACUUCACACCUGCUCACCAGUUUAACUCUGACUGCCCCUCUGGUGGCUCUGAGGUGUAACAGCACAGCGUCACCUGCUGUAGUUAUGCUUACAUAACAAGCAAAAGGCAUUUAGGACAUUUUUAGAAAGAAAAGAGUUAUUGAUGAAACACAACCACUCAUAAUGAAUUAAUUUAGUUUGAUUGAUUAAUAUAAUCAAUCAAACUAACUUUAUUGAUCCUUGGGGAUCUAUUCCAUUCGAUUUUAAAAAGCAGUUGGAAAUAACAUUGCAUUAACUAACAUGACAUUUACAUGGAAGCAAAGAUAUUUGUUUACCCAUUUCCAACCUGAAGGACUGAAAAUUUACCAUUUUAUCUAUAAGACAUUUUCAAGUAAUUGUAAUAAUUCUCUCAGCUACAUGUAGUAACUGUCCUCAUUGUUAGAAAACAUUCACUAAUUUAUAUUCUUUGUGAGUUGCAAGCAGUUGCCCAGUUUUGGAACAAAAUAUUUCCACCUGUGCUUGUAAGAUUUUAGAUUUUACUAAACCAACACUUCAUCCCAGUCUUUGCUUUAACUUCCAGUGUAAGCUGCUGUGUUGACCUACUUCUGCUCACUGUACAUUUGUGUCGUCUGCCCUCCCUCCUUCUAGCAUUUGUCUCUGUCUCUCUGAGUCCUAGAGGUUUCCUGCAGGCCGAGCCGGCUCUGGUGGCGAUGUUGUCCUAGUUGUGCCUUGUCACGUUCCGGCUAUCUUUACCCCGCGAUAUACUUUUAGACAAAAUAAUCAUGCAAGAAAAAUUUACAGACAGCUGUUGAACCGUAUUAUAUGCUAGACUCUGUAAGUCAAUGUUUUUCUGUAUAUAUUUUGAAAGUGAAGGUGAUAAAAAAGGCUGUCAACUUGAAAUGAACAGACCUGGUUUGGAAUAGUUGUAUGAAAGCUUAGGGUUCUUGAUUUGCUCGUAUUUUGUGAUCAAGGUUUUCAGUCAAUAUUUAAUAACAGCAGUUGGAGUGAGGUAGUAUCUUAUUUUCUCUGUUUUUGUGUCUUUUUUGGGAAAGACAUUUGAAACCUCCAUUUCAACAUUCCAUAAUAAUGGUGCUAAUAGUAGCAGCCUGGCUCUUGUUGGGGGCAGCAGUGCUUUCCCUUCUGCUAGUGAUAGCAAGUAGUGGUAAUAAAUUAGCAGAGCAGGCAGACACGCUGCAUGCACACGCUAGCUAUUCAGGUGCAAAUAGCUUAAACAAAUCUCAUGCAAACUGUUUCUGAAGUGACUUAAGGCCAAUCCUGCGACCCGCCGUGGAAAUCCACAGUGAUCUAAACUCUGCAGGCUAACUGUGAAACAUAAGUUCAGCUUUCAAAACAAGUGCUAAAGUUACAGUGUGCAACUCCUGAAACACCUCCUGCUCCAGCACAGUAUUCAAGGACAUAUGCUGUGUACAAACAGCAUAUGUACACAUAUGCUGUGUCUGGUGCCCACAGCUGGGCUCGCUGCUCAGCAGUCUCCCUGCUUUGCAUGACGUGCAGCAUGUUUACCUGUAUGCACUCCAAUGACCCUGAGCCAGCCUUUUAUCCCACCUGAUCAUUUGGUUAUCCAGCACAGAAGAUCAACUCCUAAAUCUGCAGGCUGCAAAUGGCAAAGCCCACCUUUUGCAAAAAGAUCUACAGGCUCCGCUGAGUGUGGUUAGUGACAGAAUCACUUGAGCCACAUCACAUCAUUUCUGCCCUACCAAGAGGUUCUACUAUCCAGACAUCUGAGUCUUCCAUCUGAAAGGUCUCUGGUCAAACAUAAAAUAUUAUUUUGAAUUUAAAAGUAAUGAAAGAAAUGUUAAAAUGAAUAAGCUAGCCAACCCAUAGCCAUAGAGAAAUGAGGAAGCAACUUUUUACGUAAAAAGUUAAAGUGACUUAGUCGAAAAGAAUUACAAGUUUUAUUCAAAUUUUAUAAAUCCUUGAAAGUGAACCUUUUUAUCUGGUGAUGCAUCAGGAGUGAAGAGUAGUAAAAUAGCUGAAUUUCUCUUUUCACAUUGUUUUUUUCAUGUCUGUGAACUAUAUGUUAUGUAACCUACUAUAUGCUUUUCAAAUUUCAUUCAGGGAAAAUGACAAAAACUAAACUGAUUCUUAAUCUCAAGUGGUCUUACAGCAGUUUUGUAUCUUCUAUUUGUAUUCUGUAAGUUGUCCUGUAGUUUUAUACAGGUCUCUAAAUGUACCUUUACAUGUGCUGUGCACAUGGCUAACGCAUACCUCAAGGGUUGCUGAUAAUUAAAACA